GGGGGCUUGGUGUUGCAGGCGGGUGGCUAGCGGCAGGCUAUGGCAUUUCACAGGACAUUAGCACGCCGAGAGCUUGGCCGUGGCGAGCCCCGCGCCGGAGCGCCCGGCCUCGGGCAUGGCCCUGGCGAGCCCCGCGCCGGAGCGCACCCGGAUCUCCGAGGUGGAAAUGGAGCGUUAUUACCGCCUGCUGCAAGCCGCCGCCCGCCUCCACUCCAGCGUCGCCGAAACCACAGUUCCCAUUUGUGCAAAGGACAUCAGUGACGAUUUGAGGAAAAAGUUUGCAUUUCUUUCUGGUGGCCGAGGGAAAGACAAUGGUUGGAUCAUCACGUUUCCUGAAAACUCCCAUUUCCAUGAAGCAUCAGAGGAGGUUCUAAUGAAAGUCUUAACAUACUUAACUUCGGUUCCAAGUCAACAUGAAUCUGAUACAAAAUUUAUCCUAAUCCUGGAUAGAAGAUUGGAUACAUGGACGUCUGUCAAAAUGACUCUCCAAAGGAUAGCAGCCUCCUUCCCGGGGAACCUGCAGUUAGUGAUGGUUCUACGUCCCACUGGGUUUUUCCAGCGCACAUUCACCGACAUUGGAUUUCGCUUCAGUCAGGAGGAUUUUCUACUCAAAUUACCGGUGGUUAUGCUGAGCUCAGUCAGUGAUUUGUUGAUGUAUAUUGAUGAGAAGCAGUUAACCCCGGAGUUCGGGGGCACCUUGGAAUACCAUCAUAGCGAAUGGGUUAUCUUCAGAACUGCUAUCGAGAGUUUUGCACUAACAGUGAAAGAAAUUGCACAGAUGUUACAAUCUUUCGGCACAGAGCUGGCAGAAACAGAGCUACCAGAUGACAUGUAUUCAAUUGAGCGCAUCCUGGCUUUGCGCACAGAAAAGUAUUGUCAGCUCAAGGGAGAUAUUACAGUAGUAACAAAAGAAGGAAACGUGCUGUUAAGUAGUUUAGAAGAGCCCGAUGCCAACGAACGUAGUCAGAAACAACACCGCGACAGACCUGGAGACUGGGAAACUGUGAAUCGGUUACUUGGUCAGUUGCAUGAGAUGGAAACUGCUUUUGAUGGCUUCUGGGAAAAACAUCAACUAAAAAUGGAGCAGUAUUUACAACUGUGGAAGUUUGAGCAAAGUUUUCAAGAGCUCCAGAGUGCCAUUGAAUUUUUAAUGGGCCAGCAAGCAGAACUGCCUGAUACUGGAGAUAGUGUGGCUCAAGUGAAACAAAGGCUCAAAGACUUGGGUAAUAUAGAUGGAAUGGCUCAGGACCUGGUAGGGAAAGCCCAGGUGGUGAUAUUACAUGGGCACCAGCUAGCAGCAAAUCAUCAUUAUGCGCUCAGCUUAAUCUGCCAGCAGUGCAAUGAGCUGCGGCACCAUUCUGAUGUCCUGUCGGAGGAGAUCAAGAGGAAGCACAUACGCCUCCGGAUGACCUUAGAUCUGCACACCCGCCUGCAGCAGGCCCUCGAGUGCUGUGAUGAAGGGGCUAAUCUUCUAGCUAAUCAGCCAAUGGAUAAAUGCCAGUCUAAAGAAGGUGCUCAGAAAGCUCUUCAGGAUAUAGACAAAUUUCUUGCAAGUUCUUUGCCGUACUUAAGCUAUGAUCCACAAGUCCUGUGCUAUGACUUCGAAUCUGUUUUAACACCUGAAAUAAAGGGCCAGAUACAGGCAGUCUGGAUCAAGCUUGAAAACGUUCGAAGUAUGUUUGAGAAUCAGCAGACUUGUUUCAAGAAGCUUGUGGAUAAACAAGUGCGGCCUGUUCAAUUAGUAGCCCCUCGAUCAGAAAACCCACCAAGAUCAAAAUCUCCUUUAUUCUCUCCCAAACACGGCAUGGAUUUUAAUUCCAGUUUAAAGUUUUCAUUUGACAUCUCUCUCCCUGGGAAGAAAACGUCAAGAAAAUCUCACAACUCUCGUAAGAUUGAAGUAAUGCAUGACUAUCAAGAAAAAAGGAAUUCCUUGCAGUCUUUUAUUUCGGAAAGUGAAGACAACUUAGAUAUACUAAAAGGCCAUGUCAUAAAUGAGCUAAUAGAAACAGAGAGAGUGUACGUAGAGGAACUGUUCACCGUUUUGAUGGGCUACAGGGCUGAAAUGGAGAAUCCAGCAAUGGUCAUUCUCAUGCCGCCUGCCCUGAGAAACAGAGAGGCUGUUCUCUUUGGGAAUAUGCCAGAGAUAUAUGACUUCCAUAACAAAAUUUUCCUACACAAUCUGGAAAGCUGUGUUGGAGCCCCAGAACGAGUGGGGCUUUGUUUCCUGGAAAGGCGAGAAGAUUUUCAGAUGUAUGAGAAAUAUUGUCAGAACAAACCCCGGUCGGAAUCUCUGUGGAGGCAGUGUUCAGAAAGCAGCUUCUUUCAGGAAUGCCAAAGAAAAUUAGAACACAGACUUGGGCUGGAUUCCUAUUUGCUCAAACCAGUACAACGUCUGACAAAAUACCAGUUGCUUUUGAAGGAGUUGCUAAAAUAUAGCACAAGCUGUGAUGGAGUUAAAGAGUUGCAAGAAGCUCUGGUUGCAAUGUUGGAUUUACUAAAAUCAGUCAAUGACUCUAUGCACCAAAUUUCAAUAACAGGAUAUGAUGGGGACUUGAGUGAACUUGGAAAAGUAUUGAUGCAAGGAUCGUUCAGUGUUUGGGCAGGACACCGGAAAGGCCCUACAAAAAUGAAGGAUCUUGCCAGGUUCAAACCAAUGCAGCGGCACCUCUUCCUGUAUGAGAAAGCGCUGGUGUUUUGUAAGAAGAGAGAGGAGCAUGGAGAUGGAUAUGAUAAAACCUCUUCAUACAGUUUUAAGCAUUUUUUGAAAAUGAAUGCAGUUGGAAUCACUGAAAACGUGAAGGGGGAUCAUCGAAAAUUUGAGAUCUGGUACAGCGGACGAGAAGAGGUGUAUGUUGUUCAGGCCCCGACAGUAGAUGUGAAGAUGGCGUGGUUAAGUGAAAUGAGAAAAAUUUUGUUCAAGCAGCAGGAGCUUAUAAAAGUUGAGAAGAAACCAUCCGGUUUGUUUACAGACCAGAUCCAACUUUCCCCUCAGCUGAGUGAUGGAAAGCAGCAUAGAGCCUCCAUAAGCUCAGAAGAAAAUGAUUCUGAACGCACCAGUCCUAUAAUGUUGGAUAGUAUCAGCUCAUCACCACAGAACAAGCCAAACCAAAGUUGGUCUAGAAUGUCACAAUCUGUGGAAAUCUGUGAAGGGCUUGAGGACUGGUCCAGCAACAAUUACCUUUCUAAUUGCUCAGACACAGAAGAAGAAGAUGGGAGCCAGUUGUCUCCAGGAAAAUAUAAAGCCCUAGCAGACUGCAAGAAAAGAGACUCAGAGGACCUGCUGGUUAAAAACGGGGAUGUAAUUCAACUUCUGCAUGAGGACGGGGAAGGGCAAUGGUUGGUGAAAAACCUGAACAGAAGAAAAGAAGGCUGGAUUCCCGUCAACAGUUUGCAGAUAGUAAUUGGCGACUGUAGGUUUCGGAAUGCCAAAGUCGCAGAUGCUGCCCUGUGUAACACAAGAAAGUUUAGUUCCCCCUGAAUUAAAGGUGAACUAGUAGCAUCCUAUUUUUGAUGCUACUUUGGAGACUUUGAACUAGGUGUUACAGAGAAACAGCACAAUAGCUGGAAUUACCCUGUACUAUUCAUCACAUUCACAGAAUUUCACAACUUCAUCUGCACGGACCAGGACUGCGGUUUGUCACAGUCAUAAAGGAAGAUAUUCUUUGCUAUUUCAUUCCCCCCUCCCUCCCCAUGGAAAGCACAGUAUUUUAUUUUUGCCUGCUUUUUUCCAUGACAUCCAUUAAGUUUAAUCAGAGAAGUAAAUCGACAGUGUCCUGACACUUCAUUUAGAUGCCUGAAAUUGAUUCUGCAGAUUGAAAGCUUUACCUAUUUAUUUGUUGCGGUGGAUUGCAAAUGAAAAAGUUCAGUUUUAGUAAACCAAAAAAAUAAAAAAAGCCACCUUUUCUAAUUAGUUCAUCGUAUGGAAUGGGUUUAGAUAUAUUGCAGCUAUGUGAAUGUAAUGUACAGUAAGAUCAUCUUCUGGCUGGGUCAUAUGAUGAUGCAAUAAUGCUGAAGAAUUUCCUUUUGCACUAAAUAGCUGAUUCAAAGCCCAUUGUAGUCAACAGAAAGACUCCUGUUGAUUUCAACGGGCUGGGGAAUCAGGCCCACUGACUGACAAUUCAGGGUUGUCAAGAAUCACUUAGAGUUCCAGGAGUAACACUUGUAUCUAGCAAGUUUACAUGUAAUGUAUUGGCCUUCUGGAACAUGUGCCAUAACUAUAAGUUAAAUGUCCACAUUUGCACUACAGAUGUUGUUCUUAUAAGACUGUACUUUUCAGCAUCUUUAUUGAUAACUUGCCUUGUGAAUUUUUGAAAAAAAAUAUUAAAAUGUUUCAUAAUUUAUUUUGUCUGUCUAGUUUUCUUUUUGUAAUACAUAUGUACAGGUGGUUUGACUUUUAAACAGGGCUGUAUAAAGAUAAUUCUGAUUGCAUUGAAAACAGGGUUAGUGGUAUGCAUGCAAUACUGAAUUUACACACUGUCUCAUUGGAUUGAAAUGUUUUAUACUGUGGAUUAAUGAGGGACCCUUUUGAUGUGAAUUUGAUUUGUGAACCAUGAAUUCUGAGUUAUAGUGUAAAGUUGUUGUAUAAAACAUCAUUUUUAUUUUCCAGUGACCAUUUUUGUACAAAGGAAUUGCUGAGCUACUGUAUGACUGUCAUUGGAAUUGUAUGGUACAUUUCAUAGCAUGAAAUGUACCACACAGAACUUAUGCUGUUUGGCACGUCUCUAACAUAACAUUAUUCAUCCAUCCUCAAAAAUACAAAACUUGUCCAGUAGAUCAGCUGCAUUUGAAUUAAGGAUCGCUCCAAAUUCUAGAGAUCCCAAUAUUGUCCAAUUACUGGCAUUCUUAAUGAACAGAUUUUAAAUCAUCCAAUUACAUUUCUACCUAUUUUAAAUAGGAUCACAGUGCACUUGUUAAGAGUAAAAAUAAGAUUCUGUUCAAUUAUUCUGGGGCUACUUAUAGUAGUAACAAUUCUUGU